AUGCCAUACACUACUGGGCACCACGGGGCAACCGAUCUCCCUCGGCUCAUCAUGAUUGAAAACUGCACGACGCUUUAUCCAAACGACUCUGUCGGUCGCAAGGUCAGCGAGUAUUCCGACCGACAUUCUAUGCAGCUCCCCGAGAGACUUGAACUGUACCAUGAGUGGGUGCUGCGCAGCCAACCCUGCGCGUACUUUGCAAUCUCUCUCCUCGAGGCACGCAUGCUCUCGUGGAUGGCACGCAUCACCGGUGCCAAGAGAGUCCUCGAGAUCGGUGCGUUUGUAGGGUUCUCGGUCGCCACCUGGGCGUAUGCUGUAGGUCCGGAUGGAAGCGUCACGGGCCUUGAAAAAUGCCCCGACUACGCAAGAGCCGCCCGGGAACAGCUCGAGCACUUCGGUUGGAGCAAUGCCCAUAUCGUCACGGGAGAUGCUCUCGAGACCUUGUCCAGGAUGCAGCCUGCAGAGCCAUACGACAUCGUCUUCAUUGACGCUCAAAAGUCGGCGUAUCCGACAUACCUCAGGACCAUCUUGGGCAAGUCCAAGCCUGGGCAGGUCAACCGGCUCCUCCGGCCGGGCGGCUUGAUCAUUGGCGACAACGCGCUUCGGGCGGGCUUGGUUGCCGACGAGUCCGAGGACAAUCCGGCCACGAAGACGGUUCCUCAGCAGACGGUCAAUUGGAACUGGAGCAGCAUAGCGUUCCUGGACGAGUUCAACAAGAUGAUGCACACGCACCCGCGCAUCGAGGCCGUCUUGCUGCCCGUUUUUGACGGGCUCGGCAUGGGGAGAUUGCUGGAUUGA